CUCUCCUCAUUCUUUGCACCUUCCUCUCUCUCUCCUUUAUGCUUCCAUGUCUCUUUCUCUCUCUAAAUCCUUUCUCUCUCUACAUUCCAUGGAAGAUAAAGGAGCCACCAAGUCCAACCCUUUUAAUACCCCCCACACUCCUCCCGUUUACUCAUCAAAUCCUCCACGUUUUUUAUCUCUCUCUCUCUCUCUCUCUCUCUACUUCUCCAGCUCUCAGCUGAUUUCCCUUUUCUCUCUCUUUCUCACUCUACUUCCUCUUCUCGGUGUUAUUGGGCUUAUUUUGAGCUGUAAGCUCUUCUUCCUUCUCUUUCUCACUCUUCUUUCUUCCUCUUCCGUGUUUUCUCUGUUUUUUUUGGGCCUAAUUUGAGCUCUAGACUGUUAUUUCUCCAAUUUUGAGCUUGAAUUUUUGCAGAAGCUUCAAAAGCGUCGCUGUUUCUGCUUAUUUUUAGCUGUGAAGCUUUUGAAGAAACCAUUAAUGGAAGCUUUUCAGUCAUCUUCUGUGCUGGACCUUAUCAGAGAGCACCUCCUUGGCGAUUUCGCAAUUGAUGAGCUCUUUGAAGCUUUGGAUUCCAACAAAACCAAUUUAUCACUGGAAAUUGGCUCUGAAUCUACAGUUCAUGAGGAGAAAACCUCUGGUCUUGAAGAUAUGACCUCUAAAUCACGGAUAAAUAAGGAGAAAACGAGUAAUUUAACGCCAUUAAUAACAGAGUCUCGAGAAACUGGACUUCCUCCUCCCCAUAACUCCUCGCCUUCCAUUUCUCGAAGGCCAUCGCUGACCCUGGCCCUGCCCCCUGCGCAGCCUCUCGACCUAACACCUACGGGACGCAAUACCAGGCCGGAUAAGUUUUCCGGCGAAAAAUCGGCCGGAAUAACUGGUUCUUCCUCCGAUUCGAAAAAGCACUACAGAGGCGUGCGCCAAAGGCCAUGGGGAAAGUUUGCAGCUGAGAUCCGAGAUCCAAACAAGCAAGGAGCUAGGGUUUGGCUUGGAACCUUUGACACGGCCAUUGAAGCAGCUCGAGCUUAUGACCAGGCAGCUUUCAGGCUCAGAGGGAGCCGCGCCAUCCUCAACUUCCCCCUCGAAGCUGGACGGAACCCCAACGGAAACCCUAAGGGAGUUGCAGAGGAAGCCGCAAUCACCAGCCAAAACCCUAACGGAGCUUCAAAGGGAGCACAAAUAGUUGCGGGCGAAGCCUCUGUCGCCGGACGGAACCCUAACGGAGAGGAACGGAAGAGGAUGAGGGAGGAAACCGUACACAACACGUGCUUGAAGGUGCCCAAGAUGGAGAGCGACGAAAGCAUACACAACAUGUGUAUGAAGAGGUCGCCGGAAAAUUGGCUGGAGACACGGCCGGAAAGUGGUUUCACGGCGCCUCCUCUCACUCCGUCGAAUUGGUGGGACUGCGGUGAAUUAAAGGGCAUUUUUGAGGUCCCCCCACUCUCUCCUCACUCUCCUUUUGGCUACUCUCAGGUUCUCGUCAGUUAAACUUUCCAGCCACUUUCCCGGCCAGUCUGAACUUUCCGGUGAACUUCACGGCGGUUUAGGGUUUCCCGUCAAUGGGAGAUUAACACAUUAGAACUGUUUUUUUAUUUUUUAUUUUUUACUUGUAUAUAUACGCGUGGAUGCCAACGGGUACCGGAGUGUUGUACAUAUACAGGAUUUAUUUUGUUCUUUGAAAUAUCGAAAAUACUUUAUUUGUUUCUGUAUUAAAUUUAGGGUCUUUGAACCAGGCUGAGGGCCUAACCAAUCAAAUAAGCCGUAUUUUGUC